AUGGGCAAAGCUGAGGAGCUUGUGGGGGGACUUUCUCCAGCAGUAGAUGAUUUAGAAUACAAUAAAGCUGGUGUAUUCAAUGACAACAUGUUUGGCGUUGUGUCUGACAGGGAGGAGACGGUGGCGGUGUUCAUCCGCGCCACCAACACGCCGUACGCAGUGUCGGUGCUGUCGUACACCGUGCACCCGGAGUACGAGCACACCACCAUGCACAGCCUCGCCGUCGUCGAGCUGGACGUCAGCGGUGAAGCAUUGUCGGUGCUGUCGUACACCGUGCACCCGGAGUACGAGCACACCACCAUGCACAGCCUCGCCGUCGUCGAGCUGGACGUCAGCGGUGAAGCAUUGUCGGUGCUGUCGUACACCGUGCACCCGGAGUACGAGCACACCACCAUGCACAGCCUCGCCGUCGUCGAGCUGGACGUCAGCGGUGAAGCAUUGUCGGUGCUGUCGUACACCGUGCACCCGGAGUACGAGCACACCACCAUGCACAGCCUCGCCGUCGUCGAGCUGGACGUCAGCGGUGAAGCAUUGUCGGUGCUGUCGUACACCGUGCACCCGGAGUACGAGCACACCACCAUGCACAGCCUCGCCGUCGUCGAGCUGGACGUCAGCGGUGAAGCAUUGUCGGUGCUGUCGUACACCGUGCACCCGGAGUACGAGCACACCACCAUGCACAGCCUCGCCGUCGUCGAGCUGGACGUCAGCGGUGAAGCAUUGUCGGUGCUGUCGUACACCGUGCACCCGGAGUACGAGCACACCACCAUGCACAGCCUCGCCGUCGUCGAGCUGGACGUCAGCGGUGAAGCAUUGUCGGUGCUGUCGUACACCGUGCACCCGGAGUACGAGCACACCACCAUGCACAGCCUCGCCGUCGUCGAGCUGGACGUCAGCGGUGAAGCAUUGUCGGUGCUGUCGUACACCGUGCACCCGGAGUACGAGCACACCACCAUGCACAGCCUCGCCGUCGUCGAGCUGGACGUCAGCGGUGAAGCAUGUGAGUCAAACACGGACUAA